GUUUGUCUGGUGGGUUUAGAGGCACUGCACGCCCUUUCAUGCCCCAUCGCUGCCUCUUUACUAGACCAAUGUGAGAUAGGACCACAACCUCAACCACUUCUAUAAGAACCCUCCAUCCCUCACUCACAACACAACUCAACUUCAAAGCUUCCACCUUUAACUCCAACAUACCUUAUAACAAAGGAUAACCCCACCAUAAUUAACUCUACAAAAAAAAUGAAGAUGGCUAGUCCUACCAUGGGAGCUUCAAAGAGAAGGCUCUCAAGCAGAGGUCUUGGAGGAGCCCUCAGGGAACAAAGGGCAAGGCUAUACAUAAUCAGAAGGUGUGUGGUCAUGCUCCUCUGCUGGCAUGACUAGUACUAUGGAAAACAAGAUUGCUUCUUUCUCUCCUUUUUAUUCUCUUUUUCUUCUUCUUCUUCUUCUUCCUCUUCUUCUUCCUCUUCUCUUCCUUUCAUUCAUAUCGUAGAGUGUGUAUAUAGCUGACGGCUGGUUAUUGUGGAAGAGUGUUAACAAUUUUUUGUAUGGCUUGCUGGCCUUAUAAAUACAUAUGGCUUGGCUUUAUGUACAUCGCAAUAACAGAAUUAUUUAUAACAAUUUCAAUUUUAUCAUAUA